UGUGUACUACUCAUGUGUAAAAAUGUAAACAAAGAUUGGCUGAGCGGGCAGCGGCCAGUAUUUUACGUUUUUAACUCACUUGCAAUAAAUUUAUUUUAAAAAUUAUUGCUAUUUAAAAAAUAAGAAUGCCUAGAAGUAAAGUUAAUUGUAGUGUAGUUGGUUGUCAUAACAACUAUAUGAAUACAGAAAAUGUUGUAUUUUAUUCUUUUCCUACAAGAUCAUGGGAUAAGGAGCGCCGAGAAAAGUGGAUUUCUAGUGUUAAAAGGAUCAAAGAAGAUGGAACACCAUGGCAACCGACAAUAUAUUCUAGAAUUUGCAGUGAUCACUUCAUUAGCAAAAAGAGGAAUGAUCAUCCUUUACAUCCCGAUUAUGUGCCUUCAGUAUUUCCAGACUGUUAUAAGAAGAGGAAAGCUGAAAAUACAAGCAGAUUUAGUAGACUUCAGAAACGAGGCAGAUUAAAUAAGUAUAAGAAUAUAGAAGCUGGAGAAAAUCUUCCAGAAAUUGAAGAAGUCGGACCGCCUAUUGUUGAUAAACAUUUUGAAGACAAGUGCAUCCAGGAUGACAUAUCAGAGUUAUGUAAAGAGUCGGAUGACUGUGAAACUUCAAGCUGUGUUACAAGAGAUGAUAUAAUUCUCAUGGAAGACAACCUCUAUGAUAGCAAUCUUUAUCAUGAAGAGGAUGUCAAACCUGACAUUCUUGGAGUAAAUGACACGGGUAAUAUGUUUGCAACAGAUCUGUCGGAACAGGCGAAUGUUCCCAUUACUAGCAGUGACAGAAAAAGGAGUCGAACGGAGUCGCAUUCACCCUGUGUUGAUAUGCGGGGGUCGGGAAGGAAUCUGAUACAGAGGAACUACUCAAGGUGAAGCGGCUGCGUCAACUCAUUGAAAAUGAGGCUGAACUUCAUCGGUACAACGUUGAAACUGCCAAGUUGGCUCUAAAAGAACAGGAAUUGAAAGUGAAAAUUUUAGAAGUGCAACUAAAAAAGGAAAUGAAUAAUAGAUAAGAACUACAAUCGAUGAUGUAUUCGUAGCUCCUCAUGAGAAGUGUAGGCUAUUUAUAAUCUUCUAGGUUAGUACUAGCCAUUGUUUCAUAUUUUUCAUUGACAACAAUUGCUUACUUCAGUUACUCUAUUAAGAGUACCUACUCUUAAUAGAGUAACUGUUUUACUAUUCAAAUUAAAAUCGGUUAAUAUCUAUUUUAUUCCAAAAAAUAAAAUCAUUAUUCGUGUUACACUAUUUGUGUUAUUGAGAUCUUCAUCACAAACUCAUAUACCGUAACAAUUAUCAUUACAAUCAGAUUCGAAAUAUUCCCAGAUUCUGACUUCAUUGUGAUUCACUAUUUUCUUGUGGGAAUCAAAAUGAUUCAUAUAAAAAAAUGUAGUUUUAAAACUAGUUAAUUGUAUUUUUCAUAAAUAAUCCAUUCAGAAAUUUAGUUUUUAGAUUGGGUAAUUGUAUUUUUCCUGAAAGAAUUUGUGCUAGGCUGAAAAAAUUGAGUAAAUUAGUUGACCAACUAA